CGAAAGCUCUCCCACACCACCACCUCCCCACACUUUUCUUUUACUUGCACACACACAAACAAAUAAGGCCGACGCUUCGACAACUGCCAGCAUGCCGAAGAACAAGGGAAAGGGUGGUAAAAACCGACGUAGGGGCAAGAACGAAAACGACAAUGAAAAGCGCGAACUCGUCUUCAAGGAGGAAGGCCAGGAAUACGCCCAAGUAGUCAAGAUGCUUGGAAACGGGCGUCUGGAAGCCCAGUGCUUCGACGGCGCCCGCCGCCUCGCUCACAUCCGCGGCAAACUCAGGAAGAAGGUCUGGAUCAACCAGGGCGAUAUCAUUCUGCUGUCGCUGCGCGACUACCAGGACGAGAAGGGCGAUGUUAUUAUGAAGUACUCUGCCGACGAAGCCCGCUCAUUAAAAGCCUACGGCGAACUCCCUGAAAACGCAAAGAUCAACGAGACGGAUACCUACGGCGACCAGGGCGACGAGGGCAUCGGCUUCGAGUUCGACGAGGACCGCGACGACAGCGACUCGGAUGAGGCUGAGGGUGGCAAGAAGGAGAUUGACAUUGACGACAUCUAGACAAGUGGAAGAGAGAGGUUGGAGAGGAAAGAGGUCCGCCAUGCUGUCUCGACUCUUUUUUUUUGCUUUUCCGCUUUUUGCCACGGCUGCUUUUUGCCAUUUUUUUUAUUUGCGGGUAGCAAAACGAGUCGGGCUGCUCAAAUGCUGCUUCUUGCGAGCGGGCGGAUGUGGGGUUGCUUUAUAUAAUUGACUGCAGUAAUGAAGGAUUCCCGGAUUUC